UUUCAUCAUUAAUACAUACCAUUCUAAUCCGUUUCAACUUUCUUUCCUAAAAUGAUUGUACGUUCACUUGGGCAUAUCAUAUAUGAGAUCUGCAAGGUGAAACUUAACGUUUAGGACAGACACAAACAAAAAGACCCUAUUUCUGAGCGGUUGUGUGCACCAGAAAAUUGAACAACUUCAGCCUGAGCGAAAGCAAAAGUAAAUGGAAGUUGUGGGACAGUUGCAGAGACAAUAUGUUGACUUCAUAACUUCUCUGUUUCGUGAGGCAUAUUUAGAUGAUCAGUAUGUUCAGCUGCAGAAAUUACAAGAUGACAGCAACCCAGAAUUUGUGGGGGAAGUGGUUUCAAUUUUCUUUGAAGAUUCUGAAAAACUUUUGAAUGAUUUGGCUUCUUCUCUUCAACAGCAGGUUGUAGAUUUUAAGAAGGUUGAUGGCUAUGUCCACCAGUUCAAGGGUAGCAGCUCCAGUGUAGGUGCACAAAGAGUGAAGAAUGCAUGUGUUGCCUUAAGAAACUUUUGUGAGGAGAAGAAUCUUGACGGGUGCUCGAGAUAUCUUAACUUGGUUAAACAAGAAUUCUAUCUGGUGAAGAACAAGCUGGAAACUUUGUUAAGGAUGGAGCAGCAAAUCUUGCAAGCUGGAGGGACGGUUCCCUUGCUAGAACAAGUACCGUUGCUGUGGAAACAAUAGGGCCAAGGCCAACAACUUCGAGCGCUUUUUCUUGUUAUUUAGCUGCUUUGUCUGCUAGAUUCUGUUAUAUGUAGUAAAAAUUGCACAUAUGGAAUAUCAGAAGGAUCAGAAAAAUUGGCCGUGUUGCCUUUGGUUUUCUCUCCA